ACCAAUAAAUGUCAGACUUCACAAUGAAACGGUCUUUGUUUGGAGAGCUUCUUUUACUGUUGGAGUAAAUUGUUGGGCACAGUGCAAGGAACAUUUAUCCAGGCAGUUUCCUGAUUGUUUAUUGCCUCGGGGAUACUCAGGCAACUUUUAACAACCCUGCUACUGAAGUCAGCACAGACUGAAUCUGGGAUUUUCCUGGUUUAUUUAACUUAACAUCAAUCCAGAUUCUACAAGGAGAGCUCAGCCAUGAUGACUCCUAACAUCAGCUUGCAUGGCAACAACAGUGAUGACUGCUAUGGUUAUGGCUGCAGGUGUUUUUUAUAUUUGGAUUACAAGACAUUGGACAUGACAAUGUUUUCUUUCUAUCUAUUCUUUCUUUUGGUAGGUCUGAUAGAAAAUAUCAUUGUCAUUUGGAUAAACUGGCGGAUGGAAGGGUCCAGGAAAGAAAGCAAACUUUACAUUUUUAAUAUGGCUAUCGCUGACUUGUGUGCUGUUUUAUUCAUCCCAUUAAGGAUGACAGAGAUUUUUAACAAUUACCACUGGAUCUGGGGAGACUUCCUGUGUAAAUUUGAUUCCUUCAUUUAUUUUGUUACUCUGUACAGCAGCAUUUUCUUCCUGACCUGCUUUAGCAUUGACAGAUACGUCUCACUGCGAUAUCCAUUCCAAGCCCAGGGAUCAAGAGACCGUCAUAUCCGUAGGAUGGUGUGUGUGUGCAUGUGGACUGUGGCAAUACUACUAUCUGUACCACAGUUUGUACAUUCUGAAAUUUUUGGUAUUGUGUAUAGUUAUUGCUACUUAUCUCAUACGUUAUCGUUGUAUGUUACAAACUCUCUGACUUUAGUUCUUGGAUUUAUCAUUCCUUUGCCUAUAAUUAUACUGAGUAAUAUUUUCACUGCAAGAGCUGUGAAAAAUUCCAGUAACACAGAAAGCACAAAAACCAGUAAAAUAAUAUAUGGUUACAUCAUAGCAUUUUUGAUGUGCUGGUUACCAUUUUACAUAAUUGUACUUCUUUCCCUACUGGAUAUCUUUCUUGACUGUAUUAUGCUCGAGAUUGUAUAUUUCUUUUAUGACAUGGUGGAGUGCCUCAGCUUUUUCCACUGUAUCGUAAAUCCCAUUCUGUACAACUUUAUACACAAAGAUUUUCGGGAUCAUUUAACAGCCAGUGUUGUGAAGUACAUGCCCAAACGAUAUGUCAAGGAGGAUGAUGAUGUUUCCAUUUCUUCAGACACCAGACAUAUCGUGGUCAUUACAUGAUUUAAUUCUUUGACAAGCAGGAGAAAAUGAGGGGUGUUAUUGAUUCUGUCAAAAUGACCUGUCAUUUUUUUUCACCUAUUGCUUGUCCUUAUUUCAAUGUUAUUUUUUAUGAUCCUAGUUGAUGGUAAUACUGGACAUCUCAAAUCCCAGAUUGAAACUUGGUUUGAUAGAUCACAUGUUUAAUGUUUGCAGUUGGUUCUGUGGUGGUUAAUCACUGAAACGUAUCUGCAUGAGGUUGCAAAUAUUCUUUGACAACAGAACGUAAGUUUAAACCACAAAAUAAAGAAAACAAACAAAGCUGUAUGUGUACACAUGCACACAAAUAAAAUUGGGAGAAAUAUCUGAACAAAAAUAGCAGAACAAAGUUUCAGCCUGAUUCCCAGUACUGUCCUUUUACUGAUACUCAAUUCCAUAGUGAUUUUACUCCUUUCAGAACUAUUUAAGUUCUUUUUGUAGUUUCUGCAGUCACAUGCUUUCUUGGAGUUAAUGCACUGAGGUCACUAUUCCAAAUUACUUUAUGACCUGUUUAAAAAAAAUUACUUUCACAGGCCUGACCCAAAUAAAAAAACCCAAAAUUGACAUAGUACACCUUUCACCACAAUUGAAAGUCAUAUGAGCAUCUUAUUGCUGUAAAAUAUUAAAUAGUUCCAAUUAAAUAUUUUGUUAGAAGAAGGUUGCAAAUGAGGCAAAGAAUGUGGCUCCAUGUCACAUGAUGUCGCUUCGCAAAUAUAGAACAUUCCCAAGGUUUCAUCUCACUAUGUGUUGCCUCUGUCUCAGAAAUUUCUUGGAAUCGGACUUUGGAGUUUUUCAUCCAUGAGUACCAAGAACUACUCCUUCUCAAGCCUUCAGCCUACUGGAGUCACAUAGCACAAAUUUGUGAGUUAGUAGUAAAAUCUUGAAAAUAAUUGAGUUGUGUGGAAUUUGUGGGUUGUUUUGUCAUGACCAUGUGCUGAAAAUUACCAAUGUUUGGAAACCCCUGUAUUAUUGUACUGAAUGUAGAGUAUUGAAUACCCAGUUUGUGGAAGGAUUCAGCUCCCUGAGCACAUUGUGCAUUCCUAGCAAUCUAGAGGCUCCAAACCACUUGUACUCAGACAGGAAGGUGUUGGGGGAAAAACUGUGUGCCUCUUCCUAAUUAGUUUCACAAUAGCAGUUGAUUUUUCUCUUUUCAUUUGGUGGAGGUGGUAUGGAUCUGAGUUGGUGGAAACCAAGUGGAUAAUGAUGAAAAUGAGUCAAAUUAAAUGCACAAACUUCAUCCAUGUGUCUGAUUAAAAGCUGGGUUUGGUUCAGUUAGUGACAGUCUCACCUCCAAGUUUGAACAUUGCGGCUUCAUAUCCUUGUUCAGGAUUUGAGUCCAGUAAUUUAUCAUUUAGUAUUGUGGUGAGGAAUAUCACCUUAUCAGAACUGGUAAGAGCUGUUUACCACCUUAUGAGCUGGUAAACAGAGACCUGUUCUAUUAGGUCAGGUAGAUGUUAAUGUAUUACAUAAGGACAAAUGAGUUUUCAGGAAUUUUCCCAGCAUCCCAGUUCAACUCCUGAUCCAAUUGACUGAUCUUUGAUUGCUUAGCUGUUUGUAAAUCACUGCUGUGCGUAAAAUGGUUAUCAUAUUUGCCUACAUAAGUGAAAAUACUUCAAAAAAUACAUCAUUGUAAAGGGAAGGAUUUUGAGGGAGAUGUGUUGUAUAAUCACAAAGCUUUAUUUCUUACGCGUUGCCCUCCUUAUACCUCUUUGCCUCAUUUCCUCUUUUAAGAUGCUUCUUUAAAUCAACCUUUCUGACCAAGCUUUUGAGUAUUUCCUCUAAAAUCUUGUUUGGUUUGGUGUCAUGUUCUUAACAAUACUCCUGCAGUUGCAGAAUAUCCUAUUUAAUUAAAAGCGCUAUAUAACUAGGUUUUCUUAUUCAUGCAUUAUCCUAUGGCUCAGUUGGUGAACGCAGCACAAUUAUUACAGACCAUAUAGCCUCUGGUUCAAUUCCUGGUAUGUGCUGAGUUAGCUGCUUUCAGCGAGAGCACUGUUAGCUGUGCUGCAAUAAACCUCAGCUGCUAUAAUAAGUAAAAAAUCAAACAGGGAUACUGCAUUCAACAGGAAAGCACAUAAAUGAGGGCAGGAAUGGUCUUGACAGCAAUGUUUUCAUAUGGCAUUUUGAAAAGAUAUGAUAAGGCGCUAUAUGUCUCAGAGUUGCCAUGCUAACUGCCGAGUAAACAACUGAAUGCAGCACUUGAGCAAGCUCACGAAAUCACACUGAUCUUCUGAUGGGGUGGGAAAAUAGCUGUCUCUUUAUUAUCAAAUAAAAAAUUAUGAAACUGUGA